GAUCAAGCCCCGGAACUAGUGACGUCCUCCGAUCCACUCCCCCCUCCCCCAGACUUCAAACACGUGGAUAUUUGCUCUGCGAUGGGGCUGUCCCGGGAAAGAUCUGGGCGCCGUUCUUAGCUGCAAACCUUCCCCUCCCCCUCAGCCAUGGUGGAAAUAGUGGAAUUCCGCGUCCCGGCUGGAAAUGGUCGGACUCUCCUAGUCUUGGGGCUGGAGACAGGUGCAUCGGAGCAUGCUUUGUAUUUAGCGUUCUCUACAUUUGGGCCGCUCUAUUCUGUGGGAGUUCACCAAAAUGCUCCAGUUGCUGGACCCGGCUAUUAUGCCCUUGUCAAAUUCUACUCGGCGAGAGAUGCCUGCAAGGCACAAUGUGCUUGCAACCAGCAGUCCCUGUUUCAGAAAUCCCCUUUGAAGGUUUACAUCUGUACCAGACAACGGCCCUUUCCACAGCAAGUCUUGGCUUUGAACAGUUACAAAUGUCGAGAGUUAGCCAAUCACUACCUUGGUUUCAAUGGCUGGUCCAGUCGUAUAAUUACACUCCAGAACAUAUCUGGUUUUGAAGAGGAGGAAAACGAAGAAGUGACGACUUCAUCCAGGAAACAGCAUUCAAAGUAUCUGUGUGUCCAAGAAUUAACCUUCCCACUAUAUGGGGUCCGCACCAGAGGGGUUGGUGUGGCUGAGCUUCAUAUAGAUCCCAACCAAGAGUUUCUUAUGGACACAAACAACAUCCAGAAGCUUGCAGUGCAUCGAGCACUCUCAGAUGCAUUUCAGAAGAUUCUCAUUUUAGUUCUAGAGAAUGGGAAGGUGGCAGUGGAGUACAGCUCUCCUCAGGAAGACCCCAUUGACUGUUUAACAGAAGAGGAACUCAAGGGUCUCCUUCAGGUGACCGAAUUGUCACUCUCACAGCUGGGCCCCAUAGAGGAAGAGGAGAUCUCUGAUCUUACCAUGCAAUGAAAAUAGCGACCGAGUGUCCUCAAAGUAGUACACUUAAAGGAGGAUAUUUUGCAUCUAUUGCUCAGUGUUAUCUCUGUGCUCUGAAAGGACAGCUGCCCCAGACGAAGCUCAUGACAUUACUUGGAAGUUGGUUCCGUUGUUUUCAGUGGAUGCAGAUAAUAAUUUUAUGAAAUGGCACCUGCCUAUCAGAUGAUUUAACUCUUCUCAGAUCAAACUAUAAUUGCUUAUUUGUGUUUACUGAGGGGGGAUAGAUUCCCCCCUAGUCUGUUUUUUUUAAAUAAAUUAGUUACUUAAAACAA